AUGUCUUGGUCCGCGCCCGACGACAUCCUCCUCUCCACCUCCCUCGCCGGCUUCUUGGACAAGAAACUUAUUGUCCUGCUAAGAGAUGGACGGAAACUGCUUGGCACCCUCUGCUCAUUUGAUCAGUUUGCAAAUGUUGUUCUUCAGGGUGCUUGUGAACGAGUGAUUGUGGGGGAACAAUAUUGUGAUGUUCCUCUUGGUCUGUACGUAAUCCGGGGAGAGAAUGUUGUUUUAAUCGGAGAAUUGGAUCGCGAAAAGGAUGAACUCCCUGCUCACAUGACCUGUGUUUCAGAAGCAGAAAUAAGAAAGGCUGAAAAGGCAGAACGGGAAGCAAGAGAUCUGAAAGGCACGAUGAGGAAAAGGAUGGAGUUCCUAGACUUCGAUUAA